AUGGCGUCGAAGUAUCUUUAUUCAGCCCCCUUUGUGGCAUUUGCUUUGUCUUUUGAUUUGUUUUCUUCUUCGUCUCUCGCGCUUCAUCUGCGAGCUGCAACGGAUGCGCCUUCCACAGGGGGAGAGGCCUUCCUCAGCCAGCACUACCUGCAAGCGACAGAGGGCCUCGACAUUCCUCUCGACUCGCACCCCAGCUUUCUGCAAACAGGAUUUUGGAAGAAAAAAAGGGGAGGAGAAGGCAGAAAAAGAGAACGAGAACGUACGCCCUCACCCUCAAGACCCAGGCCAGAACCCGAUGAACCCUCACCGUCCACAUCAGGCUACGACCUACCCUAUACACGACAGGCAGAGGCAGCGCUUGCUAACCUCGAAGCGGAUGACGAUCCCUUCAAGAACCUUCCAACAGGGUCUUUGAGCCUACCCAGUGACCCGUACGGGGCUCCUUCGGAGUCGGCGGGCCCAUCGGGCACUGGAAGCCUAGGAAGGACAGCUGGAAGAGGCAUUAAGGAGCAGCAGCAGGAGGCGGAGUGGAAUCGGGACCAGUGUCUCCAACAUCUGCUGAGGAAGGAGCAGCAGCAGGAGGCGGAGUGGAAUCGGGACCAGUGUCUCCAACAUCUCCCGGCUUCAAGGGAAAGUUGGAGACGAUAG